AAAGAAACAAGAAGAUACCGUACAGGGGAUUGAAGAAAACAACACACAAGGAACCCUAGUCCCGAGAUCUGAAAAAACAAGGCUUCGCCCCCAACAGAUCUGAGUAUCUGACGACCGCAGCCGUCGAAUGUGGAGCUUCCCUCUCGUCGUCUCCAUCGCUCCUCUCAAUACCGACGAAGGAAAACAAGCCCCCAAAUUCCAACGCUGCAACCGCUCCAUCAUCGCCGGAUUCCCACCUGCCGCCGACUAAUUCCGUUAUACACCACCGGCGCCCUUACUCCGUCUGCCGUGCAUCUCGCGUCUGCCCGGAAAGACUCCACUCCGAACUCCGGACAUUACUCCGUCUGCGGUGUCUUGUCCGUAACCUUUGACCAAUUAUCUCCUCAGCCAAACUAGCGCGGGUCACUGUAGUGUGGAGGAAUGUAUUCUAGUGAGAUGGAUUAUGCGGGGGCUGGCGACACAGUGUUGAUCACUACCCAGUUUGUGUGGCCAUAUGGAGGAAGAAGUGUCUACUUGAGUGGUACAUUCACAGGAUGGUCACAGUGGCCAAUGACUCCUGUAGAGGGGUGCCCUUCUGUCUUUCAAACUAUCUGUAGCCUACCACCCGGUUGUCACCAGUAUAAAUUUGUUGUUGAUGGUGAAUGGAGGCAUGAUGAGAACCAACCUUUUGUAAUGGGAAACUAUGGAACUGUAAACACAGUCAUCUUGCCUAGAGAAACUGAUUACAUUCCUGGAGCGUCUAGCACCAAGAGUGCUCCUAUUUUCAAUAUGGAUGUGGAUAAUGAUACCUUCCAGCAAGUGGUUAGGGUGUCAGAUGGUGCCUUGAAUGCCAUUUCUAGAAUAUCACAGCCAGAUAUGGACAUUUCUCGCCACCGCAUAUCUGCUGUCUUGUCUACGCAUAUGGCUUAUGAGUUGCUUCCUGAGUCAGGAAAGGUCAUUGCUCUAGAUGUUCAACUCCCUGUAAAGCAAGCAUUUCAUAUUCUGCACGAGCAGGGUAUUCCUAUGGCUCCACUUUGGGAUUUUAGCAGGGCAAAUUUUGUUGGAGUUCUUAGCGCGUUGGAUUUUAUCUUAAUCAUGCGGGAGCUUGGAAAUCAUGGGUCCAACCUAACAGAGGAGGAACUUGAGACACACACUAUAUCUGCGUGGAAAGAAGCAAAAUCAUACAUAAGCAGACAAACGAAUGAAAGAAGGGGAACAGCGCUUAGACUACUUGUUUCUGCUGGUCCAGAUGACAACUUGAAAAACGUUGCGUUGAAAAUUUUACAGAAUGGUAUAGCCACAGUUCCUAUCAUUCAUUCACCAGCAGAGGACGGAUCAUAUCCACAGCUACUGUAUCUCACUUCCCUUGCUGAAGUAUUAAAAUAUAUUUGCAGGUAUUUCCGGCAUUCGCCAGCAUCUCUUCCCAUCCUUCAAAUGCCAAUCAAUGCUAUACCGUUAGGAACCUGGGUUCCCAAAAUUGGAGAGCCAAAUCCACGGCCUUUGGCAAUGUUGAGACCUACUGAUUCUCUUAGUGCCGCACUAGAUUUAUUAAUUCAAGCUCAAGUUGGUUCAAUUCCUAUUGUCGACGAGAAUGACUCAUUAUUGGAUAUAUAUUCCCGAAGUGAUAUCACCGCUCUGGCCAAGGACAAAAUUUAUACACAUCUCAAUCUUGAGGAGAUGACAAUUCAUCAGGCAUUGCAGCUUGGUGAGGAACCAUAUGCUUCCUCUUCAUACACUGUUGGUAAUGAAAGAUGUCACAUGUGCUUACGGUCCGAUCCGCUCCAUAAAGUGAUGGACAAAUUGUCAAAACCAGGUGUGAGACGGCUUGUGAUUGUGGAGGCGGGAAGCAAGCGUGUUGAAGGCAUCAUAUCUCUUACGGAUGUAUUUCGGUUCCUGCUUGGAUAGGCGAAGUACAAAUGUUGACUUUGACCACUGCAACAAUGCGCGAGCCCCUUGGCGGUCGAUCCAAUCCCUCAAUUCUUUCAUGUAUACACAGCUGUGCGAUUGGCCUCAGUGCUUGCCUGCUGCUUCUUUUUUAUUGUGUUAGGCUUCGAAAUGAGGUGCCAUGUAAAUUGACAUAUUUGUUUUAUUUAUUUUUAUAUUUAUUAUUCUUAGUUGUCCUUGUUUCUAGUAUUGUAGCAUUCACUGUAAACUUGAGUCGCUUUUCUCUAUGCAGCUAAGACGCGGCUGGCCAUUUUUCCUCGAAACAGUAGGGACUUGUAAAUUUAUUGAUCUAAGCUACGACGAGGCAAUGUAUUUAAUAUCCCGUUUCCGUGUUGAGCCUUUGAUCUGGCAUUUCUCCUUUGGCGUUCUCAUAAAUCAAUCGUUUCAAAUAUU